AGAAUUUUCCACCGUAUUAAUUCUUUGACCUUUCUCUUUUUCCUGCUGAGGUGGUGAUAGUUCCUUUAAACGCUUACGGGAAGAGAGCGGGAACCUGCACUUCGCCAUUGCUUGCUUUCCUCUACUUAAGCAACUCUCUUCUCCAUUUCUCAUCAUCUCUUCACUGAUUUCCUCUCGUCUUUUUGAGAUCUGUGAGUUUUUCUUUUUUCAGCUCUUUCAGACCUCGUCGUCGGAUCACUACUUCAACUCUCAACAGUUAUGACUCCACCUAUUGACUCCCCAAUCAAAGCUGCUGCUAGCCACCAUUCUUCGCAUCCACCUCUCAAUGAGAGAAUACUUUCGUCGCUGACCAGGAGAUCUGUUGCUGCACAUCCUUGGCAUGAUCUUGAGAUAGGACCUGAAGCCCCAAUUAUCUUCAACUGUGUCGUUGAGAUUGGAAAAGGGAGCAAGGUGAAAUAUGAACUUGACAAAAAGACAGGACUUAUCAAGGUUGAUCGGAUUCUUUACUCAUCAGUUGUGUAUCCCCACAAUUAUGGCUUCAUCCCUCGCACUCUUUGCCAAGACAAUGAUCCCAUGGACGUAUUAGUAAUCAUGCAGGAGCCAGUUCUUCCGGGAUGCUUUCUUCGGGCUAAAGCCAUAGGCCUGAUGCCCAUGAUUGAUCAGGGUGAAAAAGAUGACAAGAUUAUUGCUGUUUGUGCUGAUGAUCCUGAAUAUCGACAUUUCAAGGACAUAAAGGAUCUUCCACCACAUCGAUUGGCUGAGAUCCGCCGCUUCUUUGAGGACUACAAGAAAAAUGAGAACAAGGAAGUUGCAGUUAAUGACUUUUUGCCUGCCACUUCUGCUUAUGAAGCAAUUCAGGAAUCGAUGGAUCUUUAUGCGGACUACAUUGUCGAGAGCUUGAGUGAUGAUAUUCUUGUAGCUUUGAACAUGUUGCUGUAUUUGAUUUUCUUCUAA